AUGAAGAAAUUGUUAAACAUAAUAGCUAUUGCGUUACUUUUCGCAAUCAAUCCAGUUCAAACAGAAUUACAGUGUUAUAUCUGUACUAACUGUGCGCAACCCACCUCCGAGGACUUGCGAACAUCCCCGAUAGCUACAGAUAACAUCAAUUAUGCCGAAGAAUAUGUAAUUAGCAGAAAUAAAUGUUUCUGUUACGCAGGCAAAUGUGACUGUAAUGACCAAUACUCAGCAAUACUUUUUGAUGAGAACAUCUCACCUAGUAAUCGUACUGUAUCAUACCUAUGUUACAAGCACACUUACACAGUUGAUGGCCGCGAGGUGGUUGAUCGAGGAUGCAAAGCAAACGUUCAAAAUGAGACAGCGUGUUCUGAAUUUGAAGCGGCUGACAACUGUGAAGCUUGUGAUACAGACGGAUGCAACUCCUCAUUUACCCUGCAGUUUUCAAUCGGUUUACUAAUAUGUACAAUAAGCGUAUUACAUAAGCAAAUGUGGAUCUAUAUUUAA